AUGAUCAACAUCGCCGCUUUUUUCUCAUUUGCAACAACGUAUUUGGAAAAAUAUGUGGGCUUUUGGGCAGCCUAUCUUUUACCAACAUGCGUGCUCUGCAUUGCUUUUCUUCACCUUAUCGUGUGGAAUAAACAUUUAGGUACGCUUACAAUCAUACGCAAACAGACUUUAGCGCUCACCUUUCAAGUCAAACGCCCUCCUCAAGGUAGUGUGCUUCUCCAAGCCGCUCAAAUAAUUUCCCUCGCAAUUCGCUCACGACACCGAUUCAAGGCUGCAAACCCAUCUUAUCAGCAAAUGCACUACAGCCAAAUGCCUCCCUGGACUGCAGAGUCUUUGACUGAGGUUCAGCGUAGCCUCAAAACUUGCCGCGUGAUCCUCUGCUUCGCGAUCUACUACCUUUGCUACUUCCAGAUUUUAAGCAACAUCAUUUCCCAGGCUGGCCAAAUGGAAACUCACGGUAUUCCCACCGACACAUUUUCAUGCCUGAAUCCCAUCUUUUGCGUGAUAUUCAUCCCUACUUUCCAAAAGAUCCUCUACCCGUUCCUCAAUCAACGACAUAUACACUUCGGUCCCAUCACCCGUAUGUCCGUCGGCUUCCUCUUCGUCGCCUUUGCAAUGGCGUACACCGCAAUCACACAGCAUAUCAUCUACACCCAUGGACCAUGCUACAGUCACCCGCUUACCUGUCCCGCUGGGAAAAUAUCCAAUAACCAGCAUCGACCGAACGACAUCAACGUCUGGAUCCAACUUCCAUCACACAUUCUACUCAGCAUCGGCGAGAUCUUCGGUCUGGGGUCAUUAGGCGAGCACGCUUACGCUGAAGCACCAGCCGACAUCAAAGUCGUUCUGCAAUCCUUUUGCCAACUCACUGGAGCCCUGGGCGCUUCGUUGGCGAUUGCGCUUAGUCCUCUGUGCGAGGAUCCUUGGCUCGUCGUGGUGUAUGCGACUUACGCGGGCUUUGCGGGCGUUGUUGGAUUAGUAUUCUGGGCGGUCUUCAGGAGAUGUGACAUUAGAGAGACGGCAAGAGAAGGAGAUCGACAAGAGUACGAUGAGAUGCGCGUGUGGUGGGAGAUGGGUCACAACGUUGCGAUCGAUGAUCAAUUGACUGAAGUGGAGCGGACUUGA